AUGGCGGCGCUUGGCCUUGUUCCGGCUCUGAUCCUCAUCAUAGGCCUCGGCUUGGUAGCUACGUAUACAGGAUACGUUCUUGGCCAGUUCAAGCUGCGAUAUCCCCACGUGCAUAGUAUGGCGGACGCUGGUGAAAUAUUGUUGGGCCGAUUUGGUCGCGAGCUUUUGGGUACUGCUCAGUUGGUCUUUUUGAUCUUUAUCAUGGGUAGUCAUAUCUUGACUUUCACUGUCAUGAUGAAUACUUUAACGAAGCAUGGUACUUGCUCCAUUGUGUUCGGAGUGGUCGGCUUAAUCCUGUCUUUCGUCUGCACUUUGCCUCGGACUCUGAAGAAAGUGUCCUGGUUGUCCAUUUCAUAUUAUCCCAAAACCCUGUACCUGCUCCAGGCAACUGAUACAACCAUGUAUACCGUCACGGCCUUAGUCAUCUAUCGAUAUGGCGGCAAAGACGUGUCAUCCCCCGCUCUGGGAUCGACUAGUCCACUGGUUUCGAAGAUCGCCUACGGAAUCGCCAUCCCGACGAUCAUAAUUGCCGGUGUGAUCAACGGCCAUGUAGCGUGCAAGUACAUAUAUGUUCGUCUCUUCCGCAAUACAGAUCGCAUGCACAAGCGAAAUCUGGUGUCUAUAGGGUCAUGGAUCCUGAUCGGAUUGGUGCUGUGGACGCUCGCAUGGAUCAUUGCCGAGGCGAUCCCAGUGUUCAACAACCUGCUGAGUUUGAUAACGGCAUUGUUCGCCAGCUGGUUUACGUGUAAGUUUGCCCGACUGUGUUGGACAAAACAAUCUAACGCGUGCAAAAUAGAUGGAAUGAGCGGCAUUUUCUGGCUUUUCUUGAAUUGGGGCCGUUACACGUCUUCCCCUCGGAAGAUAUUUCUGACCGUAGUGAAUCUAAUCAUUGUUGGCAUUGGUGGAUGUCUAUGCGGACUUGGAUUGUACGUAUCAGGCAAAGCCAUCCACGACGAUCCAAGCAAUGCUAGUUUCUCAUGUGCCAACAAUGCCUGA